AUGACUCAACAGAGAUCAGGUAUCAACACAGUGGAGAGGAGACUGCUGGGAUAUCAUGACUCAACAGAGAUCAGACAGACCACCAGACAGGCCACCAGACAGGCCACCAGACAGGCCACCAGACAGGCCAACAGACAGGCCACCAGACAGGCCACCAGACAGGCCACCAGACAGACCACCAGACAGGCCAACAGACAGGCCACCAGACAGGCCACCAGACAGGCCACCAGACAGACCACCAGACAGACCACCAGACAGGCCAACAGACAGGCCAACAGACAGGCCACCAGACAGGCCACCAGACAGGCCACCAGACAGGCCACCAGACAGACCACCAGACAGGCCAACAGACAGGCCACCAGACAGGCCACCAGACAGGCCACCAGACAGACCACCAGACAGACCACCAGACAGGCCAACAGACAGGCCAACAGACAGGCCACCAGACAGGCCACCAGACAGGCCACCAGACAGGCCACCAGACAGGCCAACAGACAGGCCACCAGACAGGCCACCAGACAGGCCACCAGACAGACCACCAGACAGGCCAACAGACAGGCCACCAGACAGGCCACCAGACAGGCCACCAGACAGACCACCAGACAGGCCACCAGACAGACCACCAGACAGACCACCAGACAGGCCAACAGACAGGCCAACAGACAGGCCACCAGACAGGCCACCAGACAGGCCACCAGACAGGCCACCAGACAGACCACCAGACAGGCCAACAGACAGGCCACCAGACAGGCCACCAGACAGGCCACCAGACAGACCACCAGACAGACCACCAGACAGGCCAACAGACAGGCCAACAGACAGGCCACCAGACAGGCCACCAGACAGGCCACCAGACAGGCCACCAGACAGGUCACCAGACAGGUCAACAGACAGGUCAACAGACAGGCCACCAGACAGGCCACCAGACAGGCCACCAGACAGGCCACCAGACAGGUCACCAGACAGGCCACCAGACAGGCCAACAGACAGACCACCAGACAGGCCACCAGACAGACCACCAGACAGGCCACCAGACAGGCCACCAGACAGGCCACCAGACAGGCCACCAGAGAGGAGAGACAGGCCAACAGACAGGCCAACAGACAGGUCACCAGACAGACCACCAGACAGGCCAACAGACAGGCCAACAGACAGGCCAACAGACAGACCACCCUUCACAGUCCCCAAAUCCAGAACAAAUUCAAGGAAACACACAUGAUUAGAUAG